AUGGCGCCGAGUAACCAAGUCCAACGCAUCGAAUUACGACAGUUUCCUCUCCCAGAUAUUGAGAGAGAGCACAGUCCAAUAUCCGGUGAAGUAGUUCAGCUCUAUUCAUACACCGGGUAUUCUGCUGGAUCCAGUCGUUCGUUAGAACUCAGCUGCCAUGAGCGUGUCGGAACCUCUUCCCCGCCCAACGAUGCAAUUGUAGCCUUACAGAGAUGGAACAGCUCGCGUUCGAAUAUACUUCGCACCUUAGCUGUCUUCUGGAGUCUGUUGGUCAUGGGCGCAAAUGACGCUUCAUAUGGCGCAAUCAUACCUCAUCUGGGAAAAUACUAUGACUUACCCUACUCCUUUACAUCUCUAAUCUUCCUCGCGCCUUUCAUCGGUCACACACUUUCUGCCAUCCUAAACAACAGCCUGCAUGAAAGCGUCGGACAAAGAGGCAUAGCAAUGAUCUGUUCCGUCUGCCACCUAGCAUCAUACAUCGCCAUCUCGCUGCACCCUCCAUACCCAGCACUAGUAUUCAUCUACAUGCUGGCUGGUUUGGGCAACGGCAUUGGCGAUGCUGCCUGGAACUCGUGGGUCGGGAGUUUGGCGGACUCCAGCCAUGUCAUUAGUCUAAUGCAUGCUUGCUACGGCGUUGGGGCUGUCCUGGGACCCAUGACGGCGACCGUAAUGAUCAGCAAACCUCAACUACCUUGGCACACGUUCUACUACUUUAUGGCUGGCUUAGCUAUAGUAGAGCUUGUUCUGACCCCCUCGGCAUUUUGGUCCGCUACUGGAAGAGCAUACCGAGAAGACAAUCCCAAGGGGCUAGAGCCAAGAGAGUCAGUUGUACAUGAAACUCUGUUUAAACCGCCUUCGGCUCGGGUAACUUGGCUCUGCGCAAUAUUCGCCCUAGGUUACGUCGGACUGGAAGUGUCUCUCGGCGGUUGGAUCGUCACAUUCAUGUUGCAGGUUCGUCAUGGAGAGGAAUUUGCCAGUGGUAUGACGGCUACUGGUUUCUGGGCCGGAUUAGCUCUGGGUCGUGUUGCCUUGGGUCUUGUGACACCUCGAGUAGGCGAGAACCUCGCUGUCAUGAUAUACCUCGGCGCCACCGUGUGUUUACAGCUCUUAUUCUGGCUUAUUCCCGAAUUCUUUGUCUCCGCAAUCACCGUAUCGCUCCAGGGAUUCUUCCUUGGACCCUUGUUCCCCACCAUGAUGGUUGCCAUCACGAAGUUGUUACCGAGGCACUUACACAUCAGUGCUAUCGGAUUUGCCAUUGCUUUUGGAGGCAGUGGCGCGGCGAUUCUGCCCUUUGUCAUUGGAGCUCAAGCUCAGCGCCAUGGCGUGCAAGUCUUAUCUCCAAUACUGCUCGGGGCACUCGCAUUUUUGUUGUUCACCUGGUCUUUCUUGCCCAACUUCGGUCGCAAACAUGAGUGA